AUGUCAGACAUAAAGAUGAAUGAGUCCACCACCAAUGGAGAAGGUGGAGGAGAUACACAACAACAGAGUAACAAUGGUGUUGCUCCAUUGCCACCAAUCAGACCUAGCAGAAGCAGAAGUAGAAGCAGAAGUUGGGAGAGGAGAGCUCCAUUGCCUCCACGUGCUGUCGGCUCAAGAUCACCUUCACCUCGUGGCGGCUACAGUCCAAGGAGAAGGCUCAACUCCAGAUCACCUUCACCACGAUAUGGUGGUGUCAGGAGAUCACCAUCACCAAGAUAUGGUGGUGGUGGCAGAUCACCAAUCAGAAGAGGUCGAUACUCUCCUUCACCUUCACCAGACAGACGCAGAAGAAUGUCACGAUCACCUUCACCAAUGCGACGAUCACCACUUGGCAGGAGACCAUCUCGCUCUCCUCUCGGUAGGAGAUCACCGCCACCCCCAAUGAGAAGAGGUGGUGGCGUUGGUGGCGGAAGGAGGUCAAGAUCAAGGUCACCAAUCAUGAGACGAGGAGGUGGAAGAGGCAGAUCAAGAUCACCAAUCAUGAGACGAGGUGGCUCAAGAUCACCAAUCAGAAGGUCACCAAUGAGGCGAGGAGAUUCGAGGUCACCAAUCAGAAGGGGCGACUCUAGGUCCCCAAUCAGAAGAGGUGGUGGAUCAAGGUCACCAAUUAGAAGAUCACCGAUAAGAAGGGGUGCAUCAAGAUCACCGAUUAGAAGAGGAGGAUCAAGAUCACCGAUCAGGAGAGGUGGCUCAAGGUCACCAUUAAGACGAGGCGCAUCAAGAUCACCAAUCAGGAGAGGUGGCUCAAGGUCACCGAUUAGGAGGGGCGACUCAAGAUCACCACCCAGAAGGACUCCACCAUUAAGAAGGAGAUCACCAGUCAGGCGUCAAGAUUCACGAUCACCCAUCAGAAGGAACAAGAGAUCACCCAUGGACAAUGGUACGAGGACAUCCCAGGCAAACACAGCGACUCAAGGCGAAUCAGAGAAGCGACAGUCAAGGUCAAGAUCACGGUCGGCCAGUUUGUCACCGUUGCGAGUGGAUCGAUUGACACCCAACGUUACAAAGGAGCAUAUCAAGGAGAUAUUCGAGUACUUUGGCAAGGUAAAGGAUGUAAACCUGCUCUGGGACAAAGAGAAGGAUCUUCCUCUGGGCAUCGCCUUUGUCUCGUUUGAGGACAAGGAGGAGAGAAACAAGGCAAAGAAAUAUUUGGACGGAGGACAGAUUGAUGGAAAUGUAAUUGUUGUACGAUUUAUAAAGAAGAAGAUGCCACAAAGAAAUAGAGGCGGUGGUGGUGGCGGCGGUGGAGGCAGGAAUAAUAAAUCAGGCCACUACAGACCGUACUCACCAAAUAGACGAGGAAGAUCUCCUCCUCCUAGAGCUGGAGGUGGACGACGCAAUAGAAGAUCAAGAAGUAGAUCA